AUGCUAGUAGACCUGUCGUGGUCUCCCUGGGAGGUACUAGAACAGAUGUCGUCCGAUACUGGGUUACCAAUAGUCCGCUCUUUACUGGGAUCCCAGCAGUUGCUAACAGCUCUGGAUGAGUAUUUGGAGAGUAGGAAUGCUACUGAUGCCGCUAUUCUGAUGGAGAGUGAAGUUGGGCGCUCCAACGUUAGGGUAUGGGUACACGCCGGCCUCACCAGGGAAUCUGCGCGGGCGCUCAAGACCAUGAGGCCGGAGCCGAGUUUCUACGUCAUCGUCGGCGAGAGCGGCUUCGUCAUGGACACAUACCGCAGAAGAAAACAGUACGUGCUAAAUGCUCUUCUUCAAUACAUCACCGAGGUUUACUCCAAGUUGGAGCAGGAUUUGCCCCUGGUCACUACCAAAGUGGACUGCGACAACCUUCAAAGUGAGAUGAACGGCACCAGGGACAGGCUUCUCAGACAGUUCGCAGAGGAUGUCGAGAUGAGCAAUGACACGACAUUCUAUUGGGAUGGCGAUAGAUCUGGUCUUUUCCUUCGCUCUCGUUUCGUACUAUCAACCUACAAGCCCGAUGACGGUCUUCAGACAGUGGCGACGUGGUCUGCUGACGAAGAGUACAAGCUGUUACCAGGCGCAGUGCCUUGGACUAUACCGAAGUUAGAUCCUGAUAGUGGGGAGCAAAUGGUGAACGAGGACGGCCAACCUUUGUAUGAAGGUUACUGUGUUGAUCUCAUCGAUAAAUUAGCAGAGGUUGGAUAUGUCGAUAUAGCGAAAACUUUGUAACUAUUUUAACGUAAAUUACGCAGUUGGAGGAAAAUUGAAUUUGAGUCGGUUAGUUAAAGUUAUAUGAUGAAGAUGUGCAGAAUAUAGCAUUCUAUUCAGUACAUAUAUUUACUAGGAAUUUCGACCACUGGGUGA